AUAUAUAGAAAGAAGAUCAGCCAUUGGUUUUAAUCCUGCCAAAUAAAACUGAACUAUUGGAAUGGCAUGCCACUUGACCUUUCGGGGUUCAGGAGCAGUAUUUAACUGGUGUGAAGGAAACACACUUGCAAAGUGUCUUCUUUGACAUGACAGAUUCUCCUGGAGGUUUACACAAUGUUCAAAAGGCAGAAGUCCCUUGUUUCAGAAAGCAAGAGAGACCUUUCUUCCACAGCAAAGAAUGACAUGAGAAAAUUUCACUCUUUUUCUCAACUUAUACUCUCAGCGGGCCCUCUGAAGUCAGCUCCAGCAGUGAAACAUUCAAAAGCAGCUCACUUUGAGAUUGAAAUACUUGAUGCGCACACAAGAAAGCAGAUAUGUAUUGUGGAUAAGAUGAUGCAAACAUCUACCAUUCAUGAUGUUAAACAAAAGUUUCACAAAAUAUAUCCUAAGUGGUGCCCUUCCCGAAUUGGACUGCAGCUAGAACAUGGUGGGCCUUUUCUGAAGGACUACAUAACCAUUCAAAGUGUUGCGGCUUCCUCCAUCGUCACACUCUAUUUUACAGACCUCGGUCGGCAGGUCAGAUGGACCACAGUAUUUUUGGCUGAAUACACAGGACCCCUGUUAAUAUAUCUCCUCUUUUAUUUGAGGAUCCCAUGUAUAUAUGACACGAAAGAGAGCUCUAGGAGGUCCCGCCACCUAGUGGUACACUUGGCCUGCUUCUGUCAUUGUAUACACUAUAUUCGAUAUCUUUUGGAAACCUUAUUUGUUCACAAAGUUUCUGCAGGGCAUACACCAUUGAAAAAUUUGAUAAAGGGCUGUACCUUUUAUUGGGGAUUCACUUCUUGGAUUGCCUACUACAUUAAUCACCCACGGUAUACACCACCAUCAUAUGGAAACAGGCAAGUCACAGUAUCAGCUAUUAAUUUUCUGAUUUGUGAAGCUGGAAAUCAUUUCAUCAAUGUAAUAUUGGCUCAUCCCAACCACACAGGAACUAAUGCCUGUUUUCCAAGUCCAACUUACAACCCCUUCACAUGGAUGUUUUUCCUGGUUUCAUGUCCUAACUAUACCUAUGAGAUUGGAUCAUGGAUUAGUUUCACAGUAAUGACACAAACACUGCCAGUUGGAAUUUUCACACUUCUGAUGAGUAUCCAAAUGUCUUUGUGGGCACAAAAGAAACAUAAAAUUUAUCUGAAGAAAUUUAAUUCUUAUAUGCAUAGAAAAUCAGCAAUGAUCCCAUUCAUACUGUAAGAAAAAAAAAAUUGGUCUAAUCUCUUAUGUAGGAAAAAUAUAAUUUGGACUCCAUUAAUGAUGGUUGACUAUUAAGUUAUAAAAAUUCACAAAUAACAGUAUUUUUACUAAAUAAAAAUAUAAAAUUGUAUAAUCUAGCUAAAUUUAGAGUAAUAAAGUUGAGGCAAUUUAAAAACAUAAAUUAAAGACAUAAGUAAUGAAAAAUGGCAUCCAAUAUAUUUGUAAGGAAUUGAUCCUUGGGCAAUAAUUUAUUUCAUUAAAUAUUCCAUAAUACUUUUGCCUUAAAACAAUUAGAAUAUCUGAAUCCUAAAGUAAAUAUUUAAAAUUGUGACAUUUAAGUCACUUGAAUUUUACACAUUAUUUUGAUAGCAGUUAAUUUUUUCUUAUUGUCAAAA